AAAAUAUGGAGCAAUUAGCUCUGGGAUUAGUCAUAGCUCUAGUGCUAUGGAUUGCAUCGAUAGUGCUAAUAAGAGAGAGACACCGCAGAUUAGAGGAGAUAGGUCAGCUUCCACCAGGGCCUAAAUGUUGGCCAGUGGUUGGAAACAUUUUCCAACUGGGUUGGUCACCCCACGAGUCAUUUACAAAGCUGGCUCGUGCUCACGGUCCUAUCAUGACACUUUGGCUAGGGUCAAUGAGCACGGUGGUGAUCUCGUCCGAUGAAGUGGCUAGUGAAAUGUUCAAGAAACACGACGUGGUUCUUGCCGGCAGGAAGAUUUACGAGGCCAUGAAAGGGGACUAUGGUAAUGAGGGCUCUCUGAUUACGGCUCAAUAUGGACCUCACUGGCGUAUGUUGCGUCGCCUUUGCACCACCGAGUUUUUCGUGGCACGCCGCCUUGAAGCCACGCGAGGUGUACGUGGGAGGUGCAUCGAUCACAUGGUACUCUUCAUGGAAGAAGCUAGUGCAUCUGGUACCAAAGCCAUCGACGUUGGGAGGUUCUUCUUCUUGAUGGGUUUCAAUCUUAUAGGAAAUCUUAUGUUUUCAAAAGAUUUGUUGGAUCCCAAAUCGGAGAGAGGGGCAAAGUUUUUCUACCAUGCAGGCAAGGUGACGGAGUAUGCUGGGAAGCCGAACUUGGCUGAUUACUUGCCAAUUCUAAGGUGGGUUGAUCCACAAGGUUUAAGGAGGAAGACCCAAUUCCAUGUCGAAAGCGCCUUUGAGAUCGCGGGAGUGUUUGUCAAAGAGAGGAUGGAAGGCAUGGAAUGUGGAAUUACUGAAGAGAAGAGGAAUAAGGACUACAUAGAUGUGCUUUUGGAGUUUCAUGGUGAUGGUGUGGAAGAGCCCUCAAGUUUUUCUGCAAGAACCAUCAAUGUCAUAGUCUUCGAGAUGUUCACUGCGGGGACUGACACAACGACAAGCACUCUGGAGUGGGCAAUGGCAGAGCUCUUCCACAACCCUGAAACCUUGAAGAAAGUCCAAGCUGAGCUGAGAAGCACCAUAGAUCCUGAUAAGAAGCUCCAAGAGAAUGACAUUGAAAACCUCCCAUACCUCAAAGCUGUCAUAAAGGAAACACUAAGGCUACACCCACCUCUCCCUUUCCUAGUACCACACAUGGCCAUGGACUCUUGCAAGAUGCUAGGCUAUAAUAUUCCAAAAGAAACACAAAUCCUAGUCAAUGUUUGGGCAAUUGGACGAGACCCCAAGACGUGGGAUGAGCCUUUGGUUUUCAAGCCAGAGAGGUUCAUGGAACCAAAUAUGGUGGAUUACAAGGGGCACCAUUUUGAGUUCAUACCCUUUGGUUCUGGGAGACGAAUGUGUCCAGCUAUGCCACUUGCCUCUCGUGUGCUUCCACUGGCUCUAGGGACUCUCUUGCACUCGUUUGAUUGGGUUUUGGCAGAUGGGCUUAAGCCUGAGGAGAUGGACAUGACCGAAAGGAUGGGAAUAACUCUCAAGAAAGCUGUCCCAUUGAAGGCUAUACCAAUUCCAUACCAACGUGACCGUGUUCACAAGUAGAUGAUGUGUUAAACAGGUUGUUUGGGCUGAAAAAUCGCAGCAAGCUAGCUACCCGCAUUUUUCUUAUAUUAGUUGUCUGUGUUAUGGUUUUAAAAACUAGAAUGGUGAAAGAACCGGAAUAGGAAGUAUUUAUUGGUUUUAUGGUACGGUGAAAGAACUGGAAUAAGAAGUGUUUACUGGUUUUAUGGUCC